AAUACUUUCCUUUUUUGUACUUCUCUGUUAAACAACAAUAAUUACAAUGGCCCAUGUUCUUCAAUUCAAACCAAUGUCAAUGGAUUAACAAAAUAAUGUCACUUUAUUAUAGUGAACUUUAAUUCUUAAAUUGGGCUGCUCAAUUUCUGUAGGAUAAUGAAUUCAUGUGUGUUUUAACAUUUAUCUCUGUUAAAGAUUUUCUUUUUCUUAAAGAAGAAAGAACAAUGGCCUGGGUUGUUGAAUUGAUGAAACCAAUGUGAUGAUAAAGAAAUCAUGGGUGGAUCACAUUCAAAACGUAGGGGCUCUAGGCAACGUUCUUCAUCCUCAAGGUCAAAUCCUUUGUUUCCUCAAUAUCAAUCACCUUAUUUGCCACAACAAACUCAAGAUCAUGGCUAUAAUUAUGGGGUUCCACCUCCAGCUCAAAGCUAUGGUGGUGUUGGUCAUGCUUCUCAACAAAGCAAGAAGUCAGACAAGAAGUUUACAAAAAUAGGUGAUGAUUAUAAUAGCUUGGAUCAGGUAACUGAGGCUCUAGCGAGUGCUGGCCUAGAGUCUUCUAAUCUCAUUGUUGGUAUUGAUUUUACAAAGAGCAAUGAAUGGACAGGUGCAAGGUCGUUUCAAAGGAGAUGCCUGCAUGACAUUGGGCAUGAACCAAAUCCAUACGAACAAGCUAUAUCUAUCAUCGGGAAAACACUGUCGUCCUUUGAUGAGGAUAACUUGAUUCCCUGUUUUGGAUUUGGAGAUGCAUCAACACAUGACCAGGAAGUUUUUAGUUUUAAUGCUGAGGAUAGAUUUUGUCAUGGAUUUGAAGAAGUGCUGUCACGGUAUAGGGAAUUGGUCCCUCAAUUAAGGCUUGCAGGACCUACAUCAUUUGCCCCAAUCAUUGAGAUGGCAAUCACCAUUGUUGAGCAAAGUGAAGGCCAAUACCAUGUUUUAUUGAUCAUAGCAGAUGGGCAGGUGACAAGAAGUGUUGACGUUGAUCAUGGGCAAUUGAGUGCACAAGAAAAGAAAACUGUAGAAGCUAUUGUGAAAGCUAGUGAAUAUCCCCUAUCAAUCGUAUUAGUCGGAGUUGGAGAUGGGCCAUGGGACAUGAUGAAACAGUUUGACGAUAACAUUCCUGCACGAGCAUUUGAUAAUUUUCAGUUUGUGAAUUUCACGGAAAUAAUGUCGAAGAACAUGGAUCGGUCUAGAAAGGAAGCUGAGUUUGCACUUUCCGCCUUAAUGGAAAUACCUGACCAGUACAAGGCAACACUAGAACUUAGUAUAUUGGGCAAUCGUAGUAGAAGGAAUGAUAUACACAGGAUUCCUCUACCGCCACCUCAAUAUGGCGCACCAUCUUUCAACCCCCCAAAAGCUUCCAGUCAAAACAGUUUUCGCCCCAGUGCACCAUCUCAGAAACACGGUGUUACCACGAACCCCCACACAAGUUCUGCGUCUGAUAAUCAGUUUUGUCCCAUUUGCCUCACUAAUCCGAAGGACAUGGCCUUUGGGUGCGGACAUCAGACAUGCUGCGAGUGUGGACAGGAUCUUCAGUUAUGCCCCAUUUGCAGGAGUAGCAUUAAUACUAGAAUAAAACUUUAUUAGAUUAUAUACCUCUGAAAACUUGUGCAUGAUUUUUUGUGUUGAGGUAUGGAACCUAGUUUUCUGCAAGUUUCUUGAUUACCAGGGAGGAGGUUUGCUUUACUAGCUCCCCUGAUGUAAAUAUUUUGGGCAUUACAUUCUCAAGUCCAUGCUCUAAGCGCAUUUUAUAUUAGUGUUAGUUCAACAUUUUAUUAAUAUAUACUACUACUAUUUAUUUUGUGGAAAUCCAUCAAUAUAAUUUUCCACGCU